ACAUGGCACACUUUAAAUGUUGUAAAUUUAUGCAUAUAUUGAAAUAUAUUCCUCAGAGUAUCGAUUCGCGUGUUGCAUGUACGUUAGGACGUGUCCAGCUUCCACCAGUUUACUGUAAACAUUUGAUACGUUUCAAGACAUCAGGUGCAAAUGACAGGUUGCAGGAGAAACAGAGGCAGCACAUGGCGAGGGGGCUGCCCAAACAGAAACCCAUUGCAGGGGUGAAGAGGGUCAUCGUGGUUGCAUCAGGAAAGGGAGGCGUGGGGAAGUCUACUACAGCUGUGAAUCUGGCACUUGGACUCAUAGCCAAUGAUCCGAAUGUAUCUGUGGGUCUUUUGGAUGCAGAUGUGUAUGGCCCUUCAGUUCCUAAACUGAUGAAUUUGAAGGGGAAUCCAGAACUGACAGACAAUAAUCUUAUGAGACCUCUUGUAAAUUUUGGAGUUCCUUGCAUGUCAAUGGGCUUUCUUGUGGAGGACGUGGCGCCCAUUGUGUGGAGAGGCCUAAUGGUUAUGUCAGCCAUUGAGAAAUUACUCAGACAGGUUGACUGGGGACGUCUGGAUUACUUGGUGGUUGACAUGCCUCCUGGAACUGGAGAUGUCCAGCUUUCCAUAACACAGAACAUCCCCAUUGCAGGAGCGGUGAUCGUGUCCACACCGCAGGACAUCGCCCUGCUGGACGCCCGCAGGGGAGCCGAGAUGUUCCGCAAGGUCAACGUACCGGUCUUGGGCUUGGUGCAGAACAUGAGUGUCUUCCAGUGCCCCAAAUGCAACCACCAGACCCACAUCUUUGGAGCAGAUGGGGCAAGGGAGCUGGCCCACACUCUCGGAGUAGAAGUCCUUGGGGACAUCCCGCUACACCUGAACAUCAGAGAGACGUCUGACAGAGGCCAGCCAGUGGUGGUGUCGUCCCCAGACAGUCCCGAGGCUGAAUCUUACAAAAAAGUAGCAGCCGCAGUUGUACGGCGACUGGAGGACUCUUCCAGCUGACAGACAGCCGUGCUAUGACCAGUAUUCUGGUCAUCACCACACAAGAGGUCUUACACAUCAGUGGACACCACUCUUAUGCAGAACAUCCUCCUGUUGUCUGAUGUCUACAAUAGCCAGAACUCUCCACUAGUACAAUCUUAAAAAGCUUAUAGUAAGCUGAAAAUACACUACUUUGACUUAAAGUCGUCUAGUAUUCAUUGACAUGAUCAACAUUAUCCCUAGCCUCACAGUGUCCAGGUCAUAUUUUGGGUGGUACUGAGGAGACAGGGAAGCAGAAACCACAGUCAUGUGGGUUUCCCGUAGUGCUCGGGGCCCUGGCCAUAUCUGUCGGUCUGUUUGGUGGAAUGCACACAAGUCUGUGGAUUUAUGUGCCUGCGCUGUUGAAUGCGGAAAUCCAAUACGCACAAUGAUUUCUCCUGUGUGUUGCAAAAAAAAAAUGUUGCACACUGGGAAGCCUGUACAGGCAAAAAGUUGCUGAGUGAUUGUGAAAUUAAAAAGAAAAAUGACGCAGAAA